AUGGCAAUUAACUACCUAAUCCUCCUGUCGAGACAAGGCAAAGUCCGUCUAGCAAAAUGGUUCAUCACUCUUUCUCCCAAAGAUAAGGCGAAAAUCAUCAAGGAUGUUUCGCAGCUUGUCCUCUCUCGACGCACUCGGAUGUGCAAUUUUCUCGAGUAUAAAGACUCUAAGGUAGUUUAUCGACGAUAUGCGUCUUUAUUUUUCAUUGCUGGCUGCUCAUCAACCGACAACGAACUUAUAACCCUGGAAAUUGUGCAUCGAUAUGUUGAGCAAAUGGAUAAAUACUAUGGCAAUGUCUGUGAACUGGAUAUUAUCUUCAACUUCCAGAAGGCGUACUUUAUCCUUGAUGAGCUGCUGCUUGCUGGGGAGAUGCAGGAAAGUAGCAAGAAGAAUGUAUUAAGGUGCAUCAGCCAGCAGGACAGUUUAGAGGAUAUGGAGGUGAGUUCUGUUCGUAUAUAG